AUGGUAAUCCUGAAGCUGUUUUGUAUUUUCCUGAUCCUCCAACAAGGAUGGGCUGAAUUGGUGACCUCAACUACUGAACCACCCACUCGAAUUAAUGGUGGUCAGCUAGUGAACGAAACCGUUCCCUUCCAAGUGUCCUUGCAAAUGCAGCGUCGAGGUCGCUGGCAGCACUUCUGUGGUGGUUCCAUUGUUAGUGGACAACAUGUCCUUACGGCAGCUCAUUGCAUGGAAAAGAUGAAAGUGGAGGACGUCAGUGUGGUGGUUGGAACUCUGAACUGGAAGUCGGGAGGACUGCGCCACAGGGUGGUGACCAAACAUGUCCAUCCCCAGUACUCGAUGACUCCGCGGAUCAUUAACGACAUCGCUGUGGUUAAGGUUACUCCUCCGUUCCGUUUGGAGAGAUCUAAUAUUGGUACUAUUCCAAUGGGUGGUUCCGAUCGCAUUGGUGAAAAGGUUCCUGUUCGUCUAACUGGCUGGGGAUCCACCACUCCGGCUACUUCAUCAGCCACUCUUCCGGAUAAUCUCCAGGCCCUGAAUUAUCGCACCAUUUCGAACGAGGAGUGCAACCAAAAGGGUUUUAGAGUGACCCGGAAUGAGAUCUGUGCGUUGGCUGUUCAUGGACAAGGAGCAUGUGUGGGUGACUCUGGAGGACCCCUGAUCAAGCCCGGUCCCCAACCGCAUUUAGUGGGCAUUGUGUCGUACGGCUCGUCCACCUGCGCCCAGGGAAGACCCGAUGUCUACACACGCGUGUCCAGCUUUUUGGCCUACAUCAGCCAGGUGAUCAACCAGGACCUGGCCCAAUAA